AUGUCAAAUACUAUCUUGGCAGUGGAUUUAUUUGUAGACAGAUGCAUUGCUUAUGGAGAAAGGUGUUCGGAAAGGGGACUCAAUCAACCGGCAUUCUUUGUGCCACUUGGAGACAGCAACACUGAUGUCGCACCUGACCCUUGCCUUGUAGAAUUUAAAGACAAUGGGGACAGGUUGAAGACUCUUCCAUAUGUGCAAGGAGCAAAUGAUUGCUGCCUUGGUUUUUCUUUUGCCAAUGCUCUGCACCACUUGAAUUUUCAAACAGAGGGCUAUGCCCUAUAUCAGCAAUCACACGAUUUGAGUGGCUUUGAUGCAAUCACUCAAUUGAAAUGGUUCUCACAUUGGGUGCGGCGCUCUGUUAGAGGUGUGAAUCCAUCAUCUGUUCAGAAGUCCAAGGACAAUUGUGAUGGGAUGGUUGGAGUUGCCAACUGUAUCAAAUUCUUACAACAACAGGAGCUAGUUGUGUUUGUUCCUAAAGGGAAGGAUGGGACCAACACUCACGCAGUGACAUUCUUCAAUAGAUUGAUAUUUGAUUCCACCCAGAAGUAUGCCAUGAAACUAUCUCCGGAUGCAUUAGACUUUAUAGCAGGAACUUGUGGCUUUGCUUGGCGUUCCUGUCUUUUCACUUUUACCAACGAGCUAAAAAAAGGUAAACUAAAGAUCAAUGGGUAA